UUCCUGAAUUCUGUUAUUUCUCACAAAAUGGACUCUGUGCUUCUCUUAACGCUGUCUCUGCUCUUCCUUUGUCAAACAGGCGGAUCCACUGAUGUGAAGACUUUGUUUGUUCAGACGGGAAAGGAUGUCCUUCUGGAAAUCAUGGAUCCUGAUGCUGUGAAGGAUUAUAUUUUACUUGCAUGGAGAGUGAAGAAAAAGGAGAGUAAAACUGAGUUGUUGGUGUCAUUUUCAUCUGAUAAAAAACCAACAGUCCAUGGAAGGUACACUAAGACUGCGUUUCCUCAGACAAAUUUUUCUGUGAUAUUGAAGAACCUUCAGAAGGCAGACAGUGGACUGUACGAUGCACAAAUGACCACAUCUGAACAAGUAAUACUGGUCACAUACAACAUCACAGUUCUAGAUCCUGUGUCUCCAGUUAAACUGACAGUGGAGCCUGUGUCCUCCAGUCCAGACUCCUGUAACGUCACUGUGAGCUGCACCACAGACGACUACACCAUCAGCAGCACUUUGACCUGCACCAACCAAACCUGCACCAACCAAGGAGACAAAUCAGAAAUCACACCGUCUGCAGCUCAUCUUCAUAUCUACCUGUCAGAUGACUCAAUCACCUGUAACCAUAGCAACCAGGUCAACUGGACCACAGCUACAGCACCUAUUAACCUAUUAUGUCCAACAAAUCCAGCGAAAGUUCACAGUCAGGCUAACAUCCAACAGAUCGUUGUUCCCAUCGCUGUUGUGGUUCCACUGAUAGGCAUAAUAGUUGCUGUGCUUAUUUGGUAUCGUAAGAAAAGAAGAGAUAAAACAGAACAGGCGGAAAAUACAGUUUAUGCAAUUCCUGAGGUGGGAUCAACAUCCCAGCACCAGACAAUCAGCUUGAGUGAUCCUUCUGUUGACUCUCCAACGUCCACCUACAGCUUAGUAGGACCUCACAAAGGACCCCCAGAAAGAACCAUUCCUGAGAGUUUGUAUGCUCAGGUCCAAAGCCACCCCCGUCCUAAAGAGAUCAUCAUGGUUUUGGCUCAUUGUACUGUUCUGUGAUGAGUUGUUUUCCCUCCACACCACGUGGGUUUCCUCCAGGUCCAGAGUUCACCAACAUCAAAAACAAAUACAUGUAGGUUAAUUCUCUGUCAGUGCUCCUGACCACGGUGUUGAUGAAGAUCUGGAGGUGGUCCCUAAGGGCCUUCAACAGCAGCUUGUCGUCGUCGUCGUCAUCUUCUUCUGCUUAUCCCAGUCCUAGUCGCAGAGGCAGAAGCCUGAGGUGAGAAGCCCACACAGCCCUCCUCAGCCACUUCCACCAGCUCUUCCAGGGGAAUCCUGAGGUGUUUCCAGGCCAGAGAGAUAUAAUCUUUCCAGCGUGUCCUGGGUCGGCCCUCCUCCCAGAUGGACACACCCGUGUCACCUCCCCAGGGAGGCGUCCAGGAGGCAUCCUCACUAGAUGCCUGGACCACCUCAAAUGGCUCCUGUCAACGUGGAGGAGCAGUGGCUCUACUCUGAGUCCCUCCCGGUUGUCUGAGCUCCUCCAUCUUUCUCCACCCAGUGGAGGAAACUCAUUUCAGCCGCUUGUACUCAUGACCUCAUUGUUUCGGUCAUUACCUAGAACUCAUGACCACAGGUGAGGGCCAGUACACAGACUGACCGGUAAACCAAGAGCUUCACCUUUCGGCUUAGCUCCCUCUUCACCACAACGGACUGGUUUAGCGUCUGCAUCACUGUGGACACCGCCCUGAUCCGCCUGUUGAUCUCCUGCUCCAUCCUACCCUCACUCGUGAACAAGAUCCCGAGAUACUUAAACUCCUCCACCUGAGGCAGGACUUCUGCUGCAUUCCAGAGUGCUGGGAGGGAGAAUUUAACGCACUUGGAGUUAAUUCCAUCCCACCUCAAAGUAUUCCAGGUGAUCCAUGUUGAACAUAAACAACCAACAUGGAGAUCGCAGAUCUAAGCUCCUAUUUGCUUUGUUACUGAACAUGCAUUUAGACUGUGGACAGUCCAGUGUUCUCAUAUAUGCAAACGAGAUGGAAGAGGCCAAAUGACGAAUGAGUUAAUUAUACACUGUAAAGUUUUUUCAUUGCGAACUUGCACACUGUGUACGUUGACAUCACUUUGUAGUUCGCAGUGAGGUCAAGUCCUUAGAUCUGGCCCCACUUUGCAACAAGGACCUCUGGCUUGGACAGGUGUUCCAAUGCAUUUUACUGAGGUGGACUUUAGAAACCUCCCAUCUCCCAGCACUCUGGAAUGCAGCAUUCCCCACUGACCUGGAGUGGGCACUCCACCCUUUUCCAGCUGAGGACCAUGACCUCAAACUUGGGGGACACACUCGGCUCUCAAUGGCAGCUCACUAGUCCUAAUAUAUGCCAAUGCUAAUGCUAAUGCUAAUGCUGGGCAUUGUGUGUAUGAGGAUCACUGAACCUUUAACUUGGCGCUGCAGCGAUGGUGGAUACAAGGAUUGGUGACGUACUGUAGUUGCAGUAACAGUGGGUGAAACUCAGGAACAUUAAACAAACUGAGUUUGUUCACCCUGAAAGAAUUUGGGAACAAAUCCAUCAGAACUGUUAGAAAUAAAAUGAACAUAUAUUUUAAACAAAUAUUUCUUCUGGUUUUUACGCAACGUUAAAUUACAAGACAAAAAAAUGUAAAAGAUAUAAAAGGACAAACAAACAGUGCUUGAUGAAGCUUAAUUGUAUUUAUUUUUAUUGUAUAUCCAGCGUACAUUUCAGCUCCGUUACUGUAAAACUGUAUAAAAUAAAAUAACGGAAUAUGAUGAUCAGUGAAUAAUCAUCUCUGUCCUGACGUUUACGGCUGCACCAGGAGGAUAUUCAGUUGUAACGUUGCAGAGGAUGAUGGGAAUAUUUUCCAGCCUCAUUUUUACUCUUUCUGAGGGUUUCCAUUUUCACUGCCUGUCACUCACUUCAUGUAAAAACAGAUCUGUUAUAUUUUU